AAACUAGAUUUUGAUCAAAGCGGACUAAACUUUGGUCCAUCGUAAUGUUUCAAAUAUUCACAAAUUUUUCAGACAUGGAAUUCAUUUCUGAAACAGUUAAACGGUUGGGAUAUUUAUUUUAUAUUUGUGAUCCACGAAAGCAUAAUUAUGAGAAACUUGAAGACGUACCAGAUUAUUAUAAAGAUGUUGCUCCCAUAUUCAUGGUCACAAUUAUUCUAGAACAAAUGGUGCGAUUUUGGCAAAAGAAACCUACAUUUAGAAUCAAUGAGACUAUGUCAAAUGUUUUCCAUGGUUAUCUAAUGGAUUUAAGCAAAAUUCCAUUCAAAGGAGCUGAAGUGUUUGUUUAUGCUUGGGUUUAUAAUAACUACAGAUUAAUUGAACUUCCUUGGAAUUCACCCUGGACUUGGCUGUUAGCUUGGAUUACAACAGACUUUUGCUUUUAUUGGAUGCAUAGAAUGACACACCAGGUAAAUAUAUUGUGGGCUAUUCAUGAGCCUCAUCACACACCAGAAGAGAUGCAAUUUUCUUCUCCAAUGAGGAAUUCCAUUCUAUUGAUUCCCAUUCAUUGGCUUACGUAUGUGCCUCUGGCGUUAGUGAUUCCUCCCACUACAUUCCUUGUUCAUUACCAGAUUACUAUAAUCUAUCAGUAUUGGCUUCACACAGAA